GGAUCUUUCACAUUUUUAUUACAUAUUCUCCGGCUACUUAGCAGCACUUCAUAUUGCAUUCCUUUUCUCUUUCUCUUUCUGAAGUUUUGGGUGAGUUUCCCUUUCUUUGCCUUUGUUUUUUGUGGGUUUUCACUUUUUUAGUGAGAUAAAAGUAAGAACCAGAGAAAUCUUGAAUGGGAAGUGCACCAUUACCACCAGGUUUUCGUUUCCACCCAACAGACGAAGAGCUGGUCGGAUAUUAUCUUAAGAGAAAAGUAGAGGGGCUUGAAAUAGAGCUUGAGGUUAUCCCAGUCAUUGAUUUAUACAAAUUUGAUCCAUGGGAAUUGCCAGAGAAAUCAUUCCUACCGAAGAGAGAUAUGGAGUGGUUUUUCUUUUGUCCACGAGAUCGAAAGUGGCCAAAUGGAUCGCGAACAAAUAGAGCUACCAAAACCGGGUACUGGAAAGCCACUGGAAAAGACAGAAACAUAGUGUGUCAAUCAACUCCAUUCACUGUUACAGGAUGUAGAAAGACCCUUGUUUUUUAUCGCGGAAGAGCUCCACUUGGAGAUCGAACCGAGUGGGUCAUGUAUGAAUAUCGACUCAAUAAUGACUCUGAUCUCUCAUCACCUUGUUUUCAGGGUGGUUUUGCAUUGUGCAGAGUGAUAAAGAAGAAUGAGAAGACCAGGAGUUCGCAAGAAGAACAAAAGGGUAAGGCUGCAGGAAGAAGUUGCAACAGUGGGAAUGAAGAAGCUUCCAUGAAGACUUCACACCAUGUGGCUCCAACAGUGGCAGAGCCUGAGCAAGCUUCUUCCUUGGAGUCCAUCAACCCUUCACAUUUUGAUGUCUCUCCUGAAUUAAUUCUAGAUUCUUCCAUGGACUAUUGCUCUGAAGUACAAGAUUCCAUGUCUGGAUACUUUCCACAGUACGACUUAUCGUGUUCAAUGAAUCCAUGGCAACCAUUCCUGCCAAGAGAAAAUUCAACCUCUUCAUCUUACUCAAAUGUAAAUGGAGAAAUUGAAUUUGCUGAAGAUAUCAAUCAAUUUGGCUGCUCAUAUGUAAACGGGCAUGUGGCUCAUGAAGGCUUUGAUCAGAUCAAUUCAUUCAGAUAUCCAAAACCGUUCUGAAAAGUUGCUAUCUUUGCAGCCAAGACAAUUUCAAUGCCUUUGAGGUUCCAAUCUCUGUGCGUCUAAGUUAGCUAAAGUUUCAUGGUGUUUCCUUGGGAGGGGGAUCUCUCUCUGAGACAACGCCUUUUAAAGUACGUCUUGGAGUAAAAAUUACGUGCAUGUGCAAUCCCUUCCUAAGGACUAGAUGUGUCACUCCUACUGUUAUAGUGCCUGCUCUGGAAAUAAUCACUUCUGUCCGCUUCAUCAGAAGCCGGUUUACAUUCAGCCAUCUAUGUAUCAAUAUCAAUAAAAUAAGCUAAAUGGAGAAUUCUAUAUGUGC